AUGGCGAUGCCCGCUGAACGAAUUGAUGCCUCCGAGUUCGAAGUCAAUGCCAAAUUGUCUGACGCGCGCCGAGCAAAAUUGAUGGACCUCAAGAAGAGGGAAGAUCUCAAGGAUCAGCUGACCGAGAAAUUCAAGAGUCGUUUCGGGCAUGGCGCGUGCAAAGAAGCUGACGAGGUUUCAGUGAACUCGGCAAUGAUCCGGAAGGAGGUCGAGAACUUUGCCCGCAAGGCGCCCAUCACAAACAAUAACCUGGACCGCCUGGAGCGCCGCAUCCAGAGUCGGGCUCAGGGACGGGCAUUGGAUGAUGCCUCCACGGUCUCCAAGGCCAUCAGCGGUGUAAGUCAAUACACAGGGCUGAGCCAACGAAGCCGCAGCGCAACAUCGCUGGCUGGGCAGCACUUGCUUGCACCGAAGCGCAAGCAUGACUGGUCCAAGUUGGAUGAAUAUGCCUCGUAUCUUCAUGAGCAGGACGCGCUUCGUCAAAAGCUGGGCGUGCAAGCCCUGCAGAGGAAGAUGAGGCUGGACUUAGAUGCGCAGGUCCAAGACAAGCUGAAGAGAAGGGAUGAAGCAUUGGAGGAGGAGAAGAAGCAUCAUGAAAACACCCUGCUUGAGCUGGAGCGCUGGAAAGUGCAGGAGAAGGAGAGAGAAGAAGAGAGGCAUCACCGAAUCCAGAAGGAAAAAGAGGAUCGUGAUGAGCAGCUCCGCUACGAACGGCUAUUGAAGGACCAGGAAGAACAGCGAAAGAAGGAUGAGGAGGCACAACUCGUUGAGAAGAUCGUCAACGAGAUGGAAGCAGACCAGAAGCGCUUCGAGAAAAAGAAGGAGCAGACGAAGCGCGCCAUGCGCAAGGUCUUCGAGCAGAACAAGCAGGAUCAGAUCAAGCGAGACCAGGCUGCAAGGGAGGCCAAGGACAAGGAGGCGGCAACCAUCAAGGAGUAUAACCGGCUUUUGGAUGAACAAGAGGAAGCAAAGGCAAAGGAGCUCAGUGACCGUAUGGCUCGCCAGUCAGAGCUCAUGAAGAAGCUUCAAGACAAUGUGAACACCAUGAAGCAAGAGUCAGGUGACACCGAUGAAGCCCGAGCACGUGCCCAGCAGGACGAGGCUGACCGCCAUUAUUUCGAGGCAGAGUCCAUCAAGCAGCAGCGGCUGAAGCAGAUGAAGCUUGAAAACCAGGCCUACCUGCUGAAGCAAAUGCAAGAGAAAGAUGGCCGCAAAGACGAGGACAAGUACCUCACCGCAAUCCAAGCUCAGAUCAUGGACCGUGACACUCAUGAGUUCAACACUGUGGAGAAACAGAAGGUCAUCGAUCGGAAGGAGCGCAGCUUGGCAAAUCAGAAGGAGAUUAUCAAGCAGAUGGAAUGGAAGGCAGCGCAGCGUGAGAUUGAAAUGUCUGACACAGAAGUCGCUUUGAACAAGCCCUUGCUCGAGCUUGUUGAUCGAACACUAGAACAGCGGGAUCAGAACAUGGAGCUGGUGGCCCGGAUCGACUGCUUGGCUGGAAAGAGAUCAGCCGAGCACGUCUCACCUGUGUCUGGCUCAAGCGGGGACAGUCCUGGCAGUCCACGCGUUCAUAGUCCUCGGAAUGGUGAGGUGUGGCCAGAGUACGUCGGCAUCUUCUUUGGGCUGUGUGACACCCGCCUGGUCUUGGGAAACUCUGGCAACCGCCUCUCCAGCUAUGUCUGCGCUGUCCGGCUGGACAUCUUCGACCCGCAGUCUGCAAUGUGGAUGGUUGUGUUGGAGAAUCCAGCGCAGGAGCUGACACCGGGAGGAGCUCUUCUGGGCUCUCACGAGGCUUUGACCUUCCAACGUUUCAAGGAGUUGGUAAGCUCUGGGCUGAGCCCUGAUCGGAAGCUCUUGGUGCGAGUCGCGGUGCUGGGUACUCUCACAAACUUUGAGAAUCGACGCUUGCGCCUGGUGCAGCCAGAUGACUCUGUUGGAAGUGUCGGCUUCUUGCAUUUGGCAGUGCCAAAUCUCAUCAUUCAUGAGAUUGACCAGUGGAGCCCAUUGUGUCCGGAGGCCAAAAGAGCAAGUUUCCCAGGCCCUGCAACCUGCGCUCCUGACCACAACGCGUCUGGCUCCUCUACCUGCAAGGCAUGGUCCCUGACAAAGUACCAAAUAGAGGAGCAUUUAAACCGAAAUCAAGUGGAGGUUGUCGCUUUGGUCGAGGGACUUGAGCCGAUUACCUCCGCAUGCACGCAGGGGCGCAUGUCCUACUCAUACGCCUUGGAGGAUGUGCUCUUCGACUGUGCAUUUGCACCUUGUGUCCUGCGUGAUGCGACGGGCACGCUCACCGUGGAUUUCAAUCGCUUUCAG